AAACAUGAUUAAUUGUUGAGUAAUCGCUUCUUAGGAAUUAAAAAUUCAACUAGAUUUUUUAACAUUGUCAGAUCAUAUUUGCUGCGAAACAAAGAAGAAGAUUUGAAAAGGACGAAGAAGUGACACUCUGGCGGCGAUGUUGGUUCGUGCGCCUUACACUUUUCUUUUCAUUCUUGCGGUUUGCUGUUGGUUUAGAUAUAAUGCUACGGUUCCACUUGCUUCUUAUUCAUUAAAUCAAAUGCAGAAUACAUUCAAAGAGAAACAAAUAGAUUCUGAGAGUGAUUUGGAUGACUCCUUAGAUUCUCGUUCCAUAAGAGAGGUGGAAACGAUUAGUGAUGAAGAAAUAAUCUCGAAAGAGAAGAUAUUUCAUCCUUCUAUUGAAGAAAGAUCAGAAGAGAUUACGGAAUCUUUAUCAAAAGAAGAGAAAGAAAUAAUUUCUGAAGUAACUGAAAAGUCAAUUCCGUUUGCAUUCGUGAAAGAUAUUUUCACAAAAUCUUCGAAAGCAUAUGCGUCUCGAUCAACAGCAUCUGUUGAUACUAGUUCAUUGAAAACAAAUAUUAAUGAAAGCUCUAGUGCGGAAAGAAUGAAAGAAUACUCGAAACCCAAAGAAGACAGAGGUAAAAGUUCAAUUACACUGACAAGCGAAGAAUUAGAAAAAGUUGAUUAUAUGUCAUCUUCAAGCGAGAGCAUAAUGGCUUCAAGUGAAGUUGAUAUUGAACCAAAUAUUACAAGCGCGAAAUCACUAGAAUUCACGAAAGAACCUACUAAACUUGAUCGGAUUUUUGAUAAGUUACCUGAUAAGCCAAUUUCGACAAAAAGUGUAACCAAAACUGUAAUUAUGGAGUCAUCAAAAAUAAUUGAUCACUCGAUUAUCACAAAUGUAACAACAACCAUGUUGAUCCCUCCAGAAGGUGACAAGUUGAUGGUUAAACAUAUCACAAUGGACACCCGAAGAAGCAUGACUACUAGUAUGCCGCAACAUAAGUUGUCAUUGAAAGUCAAGAUCCUUCUGGAGCACAUUAAUGAGAACAAGGAGAAACACAACUUGGUCGAGAUGGAGAAACACUUAUCGUUGGACGAGAAUCCAGAACAUCAUCUUAAUCCUGAUUUACUCGAGCAAUUGAAAUCCUUGAACGAUUCCGUCAAUAUGGAGAUUAUAAGCACAUUGUUGAAUUGCAUUAGCUUGGGUAAUUUGACAAGAAAUUCAAAUUUUGUCAACAAAAAACCAGAUAAUGUUGAUAAUGAUAAUGCAGAAUUGAAAUUUACGAAUACUGAUUUUGAGAAUUUUAACCCAGAACAAUUUACUUCAGGAUCCGACGAUACUAAAUUUGAUUACUCUGAAUAUCAAGAACAUGUAACAUCUCGCAGACGAAGACGAAGAAGUGAUAAUGAAAUGGAAGGUCUAAAUAAAUUUGCUCAACAAAAUCUUUAUGAUUCCACUAAUUCUGCGAUUGAUGCUUUUAUUAUUUUACAAAUUCAGUAUACUGAGUUAACAACUUACAACUUACAACUUUCCACAAUGACAAAUUAUUCCAAAGAGGAAACAACUACUAACAAUUAUACAGAAAGUGAAAGAAACGUAAGACUAACUAAAGAAGAAAGUACAAUGCCUUCGAUAAUAAUAACCCUUAACAAUGUUGAUCUUUCAAAUGUUUCGGAAUCUCGUAAUAUUAAUAUAACAAAUGAUGUACAGUUAAACAUGAUAACAUAUAAACUUGAAGAGGAAACAAAUAAUUAUAUAGAAAUAAAUACAACUAAUGACACAAAUAUGAUUAAUGAAAGAAAUGAAAGCACAGUGCCUUCAACAAAAAACAACAUGAGUAACGAAACAAAAAUGGAAGUUGUGCGAGAGACCUUACCAGGAAUACAGGAAGAUGUUGUGAUCGGGUUGCAGCAUAUGCUAUCGCAAUUAACGCAAAGUAAUUUGACUUCAAUUAAUAAUGUUAAAGAAGCCACCAAAAUAAAUUUAUUGGAUAUUUUAGCGGACCCCAGUGAUAGCAGGGUUCGAUUGAGAAGAAAAAGAGGCACAAAAGAAGUUGGACACUGGUCAAAUGAAAGGAUCAAAGAGGCGCCAAUGGGUGGCAAUCUUAAAAGUUUCAUUGAAUUCAUACUGUACAAAGUUCUUUCUUGA